AUGAAGAACUCUCAUUGCAAUCGUAUAGGAAGAUGAGACGAUGACAUGAGAUGCUUAGUCCUGCAAAAAUUCAUACAUGCAUGUGAAAAAUUCAGAAAACAAAACAUGCACCUCAACAAAACGCGCUCGACAUCUGCUAUGGGUGGUGGCAAUGCCUUUCUUUCCGUUUCCAAAAUUUCUUCAUUUCCAUUUUCAAUAGUACAGCUCUCUGCCAUUUCCACCGGCUUCAUAUCAGGAAACCAUCUGCCUAUGGCCAUCACGAAGGAUAACAUGGAGCGCAUGACCAAGAUGCAGAAAUCCUGCUGGAAUUUAUCCAGUGCAAACAAUAAGUCCUCUAUAAUAUGCCUCACACUGCUGUACAAUCGACUAUCAUCUACUUUAUCCAGAAGAGCUCUGAACACUACAGGAGCUCGGUUGCGAUCAGAGCGAGACUGAGCGGAUAUCGCGACACGAUGAACGAUAUACGACCCAUGUGUAUGAAGGAAUUCAGACACCGACAGACCCAUAGUCGUUGCAAUUUGAAGAAGUGCACAAUCCACUGCGUCGUGCACAAUCCACUCAUUAAAUGCGUAAAGCUCCAACAGUUGAUAAAGAAAAUUGACAAGUAGCUUCAACUGCUUACUUUCUUCCGCAAGGUGCUUAAAUGCAACAGCUAUCAAUGACACUAAGCUGAUAGUUAAACUCGUCUCCUUCGAGAGCGUAGGAAUAAUAUCUGAAACCACGUGGUAA